CGGGCUGUCCUCUUUCCUCACGGAGUCCCGAGACGCCGAGCUUUGGCCCCGCCCCCAACGGGGCCCCGCCCCCGCUACUCCGCCCAGCGACUUGAAAAGGCUGGGGCUGCGGCUCACUUAAGAGUCGCGCGCUGGGCGUGGGGCGGUGCUGAAGAAUAGAUCCUGAGGCGCCGAGGCUGAGGCGAGUUAGACGCCGGGAGUGUCCAGGGAGGCGCUGCGCGACAGGAGUCCGUAGCUAGAGCAGCCCCGGAGCAGAAGCAGCUGCCGCCGACCGCGGAGUCCAGCCGAACCGGCCAUGGCGUUGUCGAUGCCGCUGAACGGGUUGAAGGAGGAGGACAAAGAACCCAUCAUCGAGCUCUUCGUCAAGGCUGGCAGUGAUGGUGAAAGCAUAGGAAACUGCCCCUUUUCCCAGAGGCUCUUCAUGAUUCUUUGGCUCAAAGGAGUUGUGUUUAGUGUCACAACUGUUGACCUGAAAAGGAAGCCUGCAGACCUGCAGAACUUGGCUCCGGGGACCCACCCACCAUUUAUAACUUUCAACAAUGAGGUCAAAACGGAUGUAAAUAAGAUUGAAGAAUUUCUUGAAGAAGUCUUAUGCCCCCCCAAGUACUUAAAGCUUUCACCAAAACACCCAGAAUCAAAUACCGCUGGAAUGGACAUCUUUGCCAAAUUCUCUGCAUAUAUCAAGAAUUCAAGGCCAGAGGCUAAUGAAGCAUUGGAGAGGGGUCUCUUGAAAACACUGCAGAAACUGGAUGAAUAUCUGAAUUCUCCCCUCCCCGAUGAAAUUGAUGAGAAUAGUAUGGAGGACAUUAAGUUUUCCACACGUAAAUUUCUGGAUGGCAAUGAAAUGACACUAGCUGAUUGCAACCUGCUGCCCAAACUGCACAUUGUCAAGGUGGUGGCCAAAAAAUAUCGCAACUUUGAUAUUCCAAAAGGAAUGACCGGCAUCUGGAGAUACUUAACUAACGCAUAUAGUAGGGAUGAGUUCACCAAUACCUGCCCCAGUGAUAAGGAGGUUGAAAUAGCAUAUAGUGAUGUAGCCAAAAGACUUACCAAAUAAAAUAACACUUACGAGAGAGAUGUCUUCACAUCUUCCCCUAAGAACAUGCUUUUCCUAACAGACUGCUCCUCUUCCUAUAAAAUAGAAACUUUAUUUUGCACAAACAUGCAGUUAUUCCAGAUUAGGAUAAAGGAUAGACAAGGUAUAGUAGCUAUCUUUAAAUAUAUACUCCUAAGCAGUAUUAUUUGAAAAUUCUUUUACCCUGCCUACCUCCCCUACCCCGUAUCCUCCUAAUUUGGAGACACUCCAUAAAAACUUUUCACUUUAAAGGCAGUUUGCCAUCUCUCUAGAGCCCUCACCACUGUCUCCAUUCACUGUGUACAGAUGGCAGAACUUUUGAGGUGCACUGUUUAACUGUUAAAAUAGUAACCACAACCUCAUCAGGCCCAAACUGGUGCAUAAUGCACGGUACAAGGAAUAUUUAUGUAUUUUUGGAAUUUUAUAAUAUUUAGUAAGAGUAUAUGAAAGGAUUGCUACUGUAUCAAAAUAUUGUUUCAAUUUAGUCUAUCCUGGAUAUGUACUAAAGGAUGUUACCACCAGAGAAGAGAGCCUUCUCCAGAAAGUCACUACAGAUAUUGCUAUGUUGCUUUGUAUGUGGAUUUUUACUUUUGCCUAAACGCAUUUAUCCUUCAUAUCAAUUAUAAUAUCUGACACUACGUAGAAGCUAAAAGUCUAGCGGGAGGAACAAUAUUUGCAAGAUCUUCUUCAAGCCUUUUAUGCAUAUAAGAGAAACCAAUGGGCACACGAUACUCUCUGUCUAAAUAUGUUACUGGUUAUAUGUAUUUUGCCCAGUGCCAUUCAUUUGGAACAUUAUUACUUUCUUCCUUUAUUUUAAAAAUACUCCUUUUUUUAGGUAGGCCUCGGCCUUGCUGUUUGUAGAUCGUUUGAGCAACACUACGUACACUGAUAUUUAGUUGAUUUAGCUGUAGCAGUACAAUGGUUAGUAAUGUAAAAACUAACCUAAGGAAUGUAGUGUGGGUUUGUCAAAAUAUCAAGUAGAAUUUUGUUUCUAAAGCACAUUUAAUGUGGAUAAUCUAAAGACUGCAUUAUCCAUCCUAUAUUAAAAACAAGAUAAAACACAUAGAUUACCACUCCACCCCCAUUUACUGUUAGACUUUGGGGAGAGGAUGGCUCACUUCUUUUGGACUAAACUAUAGUUGUGAUGGUGACUACACAUUGACUGCAGUUUUGCCUAAUCUCAAUCAUUGCACUUCCUUCAGUUAAAUUUUCCUACAGCCACAUUGAGGAAUAGCAGUCUUCAUGUUUGUUUGUUUCUUAAAUUGAAGUCCUAAACCAGGAAUUGUGUUGUAACAAGGGAGGAUGAACUUGGUGAAAAUAAAACAAAAGUUUGCUAUGUAUUUAUUCAUUAAAAAAAAAAAAAAAGACUU